UUGCUUUCUCCAGUAUUGACCCAUUCUCUCGUUUUAUUUCUCUGAAUCUUGGCUUCGACAAGUGAAAGGGAAACCGAGAGAGAAUCCCAAAUCCGGCAUCGUCAUCCGUCGCCCCAUUCUGUCCUUUUCUCCAGAAUUAUAAGGACUGUGAAUUGCGGUCUCUAGGCUGUAAAACAUGAAGCAAGUAUAGAUAUCCAAUUGAUGUUCGAAUUCUUGUAACAAUUUAGAUUCAGGUGUGGAUAAUAAUGGAAUCAGUUUUUUCAAGUAUAGUGAAAUCUACCUUAGACUGGGUAACCUUGAUUCUCGACGCUCCAUCUGCUCGAGCAGUUAUCUUUGGUGUGCAUAUUGGAGGACAUUUAUUUGUGGAGGUUCUUCUUUUGGUGGUCAUACUUUUUCUGCUUUCUCAGAAGAGUUACAAGCCCCCCAAGCGGCCCUUAACAAAGAAGGAAAUAGAUGAGUUAUGUGAUGAAUGGGUUCCUGAGCCACUUAUUCCGUCUCUUACAAAAGAGAUGCAGUAUAAACCGCCAGUGCUGGAAAGUGCUUCUGGACCACAUACAAUUAUCAAAGGAAAAGAAGUAGUGAACUUUGCAUCUGCGAACUAUCUAGGAUUGAUAGGCCACGAGAAAUUACUUGAAUCAUGUACCCAUGCAUUGGAGAAAUAUGGUGUCGGUUCGUGUGGUCCUCGUGGGUUUUAUGGGACAAUAGAUGUACACCUUGAUUGUGAAGCCAGAAUAGCAAAAUUUUUGGGAACUCCAGACUCAAUUCUGUAUUCUUAUGGACUUUCUACUAUGUUUAGUGCAAUUCCAGCCUUUUGUAAAAGAGGAGACGUCGUUGUAGCGGAUGAGGGUGUUCAUUGGGGAAUACAAAAUGGGCUACAUCUAUCCAGAAGCACAAUUGUAUAUUUCAGGCACAAUGAUAUGAAAUCCUUGAGAGAUACUCUUGAGAAAAUCACUGCCGGGAAUGAAAGGGCUAAGAAACUGCGACGCUAUAUUGUGGUUGAAGCAGUGUACCAGAAUUCUGGUCAAAUUGCACCAUUGGAUGAGAUCAUCAAAUUGAAGGAGGAGUACCGGUUUCGUGUUUUAUUGGAUGAAAGCAACUCCUUUGGCGUACUUGGCUGUACUGGAAGAGGUCUCACAGAACACUGUGGGGUUUCUGUGGAUAAGAUAGAUAUAGUAACUGCUGCUAUGGGACAUGCAUUGGCUACAGAAGGUGGAUUCUGCACUGGAAGUGCUAGAGUCAUUGAUCACCAGCGCUUGAGCAGUUCGGGUUAUGUUUUUUCUGCUUCUUUGCCCCCGUAUCUAGCUAGUGCUGCCAUUACCGCCAUAGAUCUUUUAGAGGAACAUCCCAUUCUGUUAACAAAGCUGAAAAAGAAUAUAGUUACUUUAUGGCAAGGAUUAUCAGAUAUACCAGGCCUUAAACUAGCAAGCAAUCAAGAAUCGCCCAUUGUCUUUCUCAUAUUAGAGAAAUCUACGGGGUCAGUACAAAAUGAUCUACAACUCCUUGAAAAUAUUGCUGAACGUGCCCUUAGGGAAUACUCUGUACUUAUUCCAACUUCUAAAAGAUCAACACUCGAUAAAUGCCGGUUGCCAGUAGGAAUUAGGUUGAUGGUAUCCGCUGGGCAUUCUGAAUCAGAUUUGCUGAAGGCUACAGAAUCAUUGAGAAGUGUUGCAGUCGCGGUGCUCAAGGAUCAUAAAUAAGAGCGCAUGUCCACAAUGGCCAACAACGUUGAAUAGUUUGAUGCGGGGCUGACGUAGAUGUUGAUGUUGUUACCUAAUAGUUGUUUCAAGGUUAGAAUUGAGUUUUCCUUGUACCCUUUAAUUUUAUUUUGCUAUUUAGGGGUUUAGCAGGAUCGGUGACCAUAUUGGUACUUUCAAUUUAAUUGCUUUUGUGGUUUGAGGAGGGAGAAUAAUUUAUCAUCUACACUCCCAAGAUAUUUGCUUUUUAGGAUUGUUGGUAUAGGCUGCUGUUACAACAUUGCUCUGGUAGUUCCGGGACCUUUUAGAUUUUCUGACUGUUUUAUUAUUCAUUUUGAAAGUCUUAAUUUUCUAGCUUCUGUGUAGCCGGUUGGUUCAUGAUCAGUGGACCCUGUAAUUGUUGAUCUUUGUACGGAUAUGAGCUAUAAUUGAGUUCAAGAGUUUAGGUCUUUGUGUGUAGAAA